CUUCUCAUUACUUCUGAAGUUCUUGUCCAAAUUAUACGAUGGCAUCCAAGCAGUAUACGCUUUACGACCUCCCCAGCAAGGCUCCGUGCAGCACUUGGUCACCGAACCCUUGGAAAACACGACUUCUGUUCAAUCUCAAAGGGCUUGAUUACCGAACUGAAUGGGUCGAAUAUCCAGAUAUCAAGCCGACGCUAGAAAACAAAGUUCCUGCCAAUACGGAAGGUGUCGCGUACUCAAUUCCCACCAUUGAAAGUCCAGAUGGAACAUGUGUGAUGGACUCGCGCAAGAUCGCAGACUACAUCGAGAAGGAACAUCCUCAGCCCUCAAUGCAUCUAGAUUCAAGCUACUUGCCUAAGGUUGAAGAAUUAUGGUCGGCCUAUAUGAGAGCCAUUUGCCCUAUAUUUUUGGCUUGGGUCCCUAGGGAUAUACUCAACGACGCGAGUCUUGAGUUCUGGUAUACAACCCGUGAGAAGUUCUUCGGGAUGCCAGUUGAUCAGCUGGAGAAGACGAAAGGAGGAGUUCUGGCAUGGAAUGAGGCUGAGCCAGCACUUCGCGGGGCAACAGCGCUGUUGAAGGAGAAUCAAGGCCCCUUUUUCUUGGGAGAAACUGUCAGCUACGCUGAUCUUGUUUGGGCCAGUGUUCUUAUUUUCAGUAAGCGUCUCGGACCGGGCUUUUUUGAAGAGGCUUUGAAGAGAAGUGGGGAUGCUCAGGUUCACUUGGACCUGCUAGAGGCACUUCGCCCUGUGUCCGAGCGAGAUGGUUAUUGAUUGUGGUGAAUAGAAUGUUGGUCGCUAUUUAAGCAAGCGAAGCUAUUUCGCGAGACUGGAGUUGAAAACUGCUAGGUCCGAGGAGACACACAAUCCCAGCAAGGAUGUCACUAUCAAGAUUUUGUAUACAUCUCAAUUUUGUUGUCUAUUUCCAGAAAAA